AUGGCAAUUCUGCAAUACCUCUUCUUCUGGAAUCUCAAAACACCGCAGGAUAACCGGUGGCAUCCGCAAAUCGGACAAGAUCCCAAUAAAUAUAUCCACCACCACAACCUUCCCGCAUUCCUGCAGCGUACAGACGCCGAGGCCACGCUGGUCGAUGCCGCUCCCUUCAUUGCGGGCGCAGGCGGCCUCCGACAUGUCUCGCAAAUUCACCACUUUGGCUUCACCGCACGUGCCUCUAUUUUUCGCAAUGCAAAGACCAUGACUGCAAUGCACAGAGCGUGCAUGGUCGUGCCCUUAAUAUUGGUGGCGCAAGCUGCGCAAAUUGAAUAUCGCACCUUCAUCCCUCGCUGGUGUCACGAAAGAGAGCUCUACUACCGCGAUGAAGCGGAAGUCAGGAAACACGUGGACGUUGGUGCCUGUAUAGGGGCCGUAAGUUGGAUCUUUAGACUGACGUGGAAGGUGGGUGCUCGGUACUGGGCGCCAAUUGACGUUGUCAUCGGUGGAGGUCUAUGCGAUCUGCUUCAUAGAGAAUAUAUUAAAGCGCACACCAUUGAGACGCGGUAG